AAGCAGGACAGUGCACUCUUCACAUAACUUCCUAGACCAGUGCAGGAGGAAUGCUUCUGUACAUACACGCAGUGCCUUUGAAUGGACCGAGACCCGUGACUGUAGAGGUGACUGCGGAGGAGAGAAAAUCUUACAGGACAGCCUGCCAAUACAGAGAGGGUGAGGGGUGGGGGGUGCCCGAACCGUCGGGGACGUCCCGCGAUGGAGGAAGAAGCGGGAAUUCCCCAGAGCCGCGAAUCUGGGGCCCACGGUGAUGAUGUCACAGCCGAGGCCAGCGCAGGGGAACAGAGGGAGGCGCCCACCGCUGCCGGUACAGAUUCUCUGCCUACCUGCUCAGAUAAGAAACAGAGAGAGAUCUGCUGCUCUUCAGUGAUAAACCACGUGUUAGACGGUGCUCAGCUCCCUCAGCUCGGAAUGCCAGCGGUGCUGAGGUUCCGUCAGGAGUCACAGGACCGAGCGACGGACGGCCCGAGAGUUCCACCUCAGCUGCUGGGAGAUGCACAUGCCCUGUGCGAAUUCUGUGGGCAGCCAGCACGCCCCUUCCCGGGCCUUGCUGACCUGAGCAUCGUGGCGGCAGAGCCCGAGCGAUUCUGCUGCCCUGAGGCCCAGAACCUGGUGGAGGUUCUGGCCCAAGAGUGGAGGCUGCUACUACAAACACUGGGCCAGGGGAAGGAGGUGGUCCCCAACCCCCCCUACGCCCCCACCAAGGAGGAGGAGCUCAACUUCAAGGCAUGGGAGAACGAGGAGCACAGACAGCAGGAGAGAGACAUGGAGCAGUACUUCCAGGCAACCCACCCCACCAUCGUGCCCAGUGACAGCUGCACAAGGACCAUCAGCUUCCAACUCUCCAGCUGCAUGCCGAGGGAGGCGGACACGAGCGCCCCUCAGGACUCUGGGAAUGUGGAGGACCUCGACCAUGAAGAGGGGGACUUCCUGACGGGCCCGGGGGUGUUUGGGUUCGGCAUUGCACAUCACAAGCAGAACGUUGGGUUCAGAGAGAAAUACUACGGCAACGGGAACAAGUUCCUCACCGUGUUUCCUGACGGUUCGGCCCAGGUGUUCUACCCCUCUGGCCGGUUGGCCCUUCUCAUCACCGUGGGGGACGGCGAGGCGGAGAUGGUCUGCGUCGUACAGGACGACCACGCCCCCAAUCCGCCCAUCCGAGCCCUGUUCCAAUCCAACGGCAGGGCCACCUGUUACCACAGAAACGGCAAUGUAUGGGUGAGCAUGGACGUUUCGGGAGGCCAGUGCUCAGACGAGAGGGGCGCCCGGGUCAGGCGGUGGCGCUGGAGCGGGCACCUGGACACGCCCACUGCCCUGCGGCCCCUCUUCCUGUCCCUGAACCAGAGCGUGGGCGUCCGCGUCCUGGGACAGGACAGGAUGUUUGUGACCUUCCUCACCAAGGGCUGCCAGGCCAGGUUCAGCGUGGGCACCUGUGUACAGCUAAAGGAUGCGAGCACCACAGUCCCACCCAACGGACAGUCCAUCAGCAGAGAGGAAGUGUUCCUCCUGGCAGGUCGGGUAAGGCUGCACCGGACCCUGGGACUCCUCCAUCACUGCCUGCGGCUCCCUUCGAACCCGCAACCCCCGGCAACCAGACCGCCCCCCUCCCUCGUCUCCCUGGCCAAAGCCCUGCUGGAGCUGAGCCAGAGCUUGCAGAUGGAGGAGAGGGACCGGGCCUUCAUCCGGGCGUGGCUGCAAGACUGUCUGUGACUCCUCCAUCACCCAUCCCUCCAUUCCUCUACCACCCAUCCCUCCAUCACCCACCGCUGCUGUGCUCUGCACCACCUGCAUGAAAACGCUCUCCACUGAUGUACUAAAGAGAAGGAGAAGAGAAAAAAAAAAACAUCAUAAUCACCUGAUGAUAUUUUAAAAUGUUUUUUGAACUAAAAUAUCAGUUAAUGUGCACGAAUAAUACAAAAGCAAUCAAGCAUGUUAUCGUUGUUACCUGUGCAGGCCACACUGAGGCAAUAGAAAUGAUAUACGGUAAAAUUACAUUAAAAAAAACUCCAUCUAUUGGUCCACACUGGCUUUGUGCGUAUUACUGCAAUUUAUAAUAGCAGUUAUCAUUUAACAGACGUGUGUCACUUUUGAAAAAUAAAAGCAAAAAGAUGCAAAGAA